AUGCCAGAUGCUGUCCCUGAGGUCGCACGCAUGACAGCAGCAGAGGCGACGUAUCGCAAGGAGCUGCUCAAGGUUUUGCACCAUACCAAUCUUCCGCCUGUGCUGUACGCGUUUGCCUAUGGGUCUGGUGUUUUUCGCCAGACCUCCUCCCAGAAGACCAGUGGAAGUGCACCGAUGAUUGAUAUGAUCCUCGGCGUAAAAAACCCGCUGCAUUUCCACGCGCGUAACUUGAUAGAGAACCCUUUGCACUACCCGUGGUGGUCGCGCUGGCUCGGAAGCUGGGUGAUUUCCGAGGUGCAGGACAUGGGCGCAGGAUUAUGGUACGUGCCGUACGUAAAGGUGGACGACAAGGUCAUUAAAUAUGGUGUUAUUUCCGAGGACAAUAUGGUCGCAGAUUUGCUCUUUUGGGAGAAUCUUUACAUCAGUGGACGCAUGCAAAAACCGACCGCGGCACUGAUUAAUUCAAGCGACGAGCGCGUUCCCAUUGCUGCACAAGCAAACCAUGCGUCAGCCUUACGGGUCUCGUUCCUGCUGCUUCCCCACAAGUUCUCUGAAAGGGAUCUGUAUCUUCAAAUUGCAUCCCUGAGCUACAUGGGUGAUUUCCGUAUGAACGUGCCUGGAGGCGAGAACCAGAACAAGGUGCAGAACAUCGUCGACCACCAGAAGCCAUGGUUCCGCUUCAUGUACGCCGAUUUGAUUACGCGGUUCCCUUCGGUCCGUGUGGGUAGCGGAUCCCCUGAGAAGAAAUGGCUCAUGAUGGAGCAGGACUUGUCGCCGCAGGUACGCGCAAUCCAUGCGGCCAAGCUUCCACGCAAUCUUCGCGCGCGAAUCGCGCGGCAUUAUAUCAAGCAAGCGGGUGCGCACCCUGUCUUUGCAAAGAUGAAUACUCUUGAGCCGGAGGAAUUGGAGCGUGUCAUGCACGCGAGCGAUAUGCAAGAAUACUACGACGACGCUAUUGUGGAAGCGGAUGCUGUGUCGCUUUCCGCACGGUUCUGGCUGCAGGUGGUCCAGCAACCCGACUUUACCGACGUGAUCAAGCAGCAGAUCGCCAAAACGGUGGACUACCCCGCACGGAUACAAUCGCUCAAGGGCAUAUACACGGCUGGCUUCAUGCGGUCCAUGCGCUAUGUCUGGGCCAAGCUGCAGAAGUAUCGGCGCGGGAAACCUACGUAA